CCUGGAUCAGAACAGAUUGAAAAUCCCUUCUAAAACAUGGCCAGAGUAUUAGGAACUCAUAAUACCGGUAAACUAAUGUUUCUGGAGGGACGAGAGAUCGAGGACGGACGCUGUUGCUACAGGCAGCAACGAAAUAAAUUGAAUAUUGACUUGUGAGAAAUGACCACAGAACUAUGAUGACAGUCAAGAUAUAAAAACGUCUCUUUGGAAAACUGUACAUAAAAAUGGAAUUUCACCAGCCGGCGAGUUUUUAAAAACACGAAAAACUUUUUAGCGCGUUUAAUCGGCGAUAACAUCGUUAUAAUAAUCUUAACUAGCUAACGGUAAAUCGGAUUAUACACUUGCUUGAAUCGACACCAUCAUUCCCAUUUUGAAGAAACAAGAGACAGUGGCUGUCGUUGGCACGUAGUGGAUAUAACUUGUAUUUCACAUUUGCUAUGACCUGUGAUGGUUAAUGUCUUUUUUCCGUACAUAAAUGUCAGCUUGCUAAUUAGCUACUCUUUGUGGAUAGCGGGCGAAACAAAGCGGAUACUCGCUAGCUAUGUAGCUACAGCUAUAGCCUAUACUGUUUUGACCGCACAGCUAACUUAAACUGAGAUGGCGCUACUUAUCUGUCUUCAGUAACCGAACUCACUGCGACGACGGCUGAAUCGUGAAAGGGUGGCUGUUGGAAAUGUGAAGACGAACGGAGGAUUUUAAAAAAACCACUGGGAUUCGGCUUAGAAAUACAGCAUAAUAACAAAAUAUUCGGGUUUAUCAUGCUGUGCAUUUAACUCACAUACCUGGGAGCACGGAAAAUUGUUGAAAUGUCACGUGUGCUUGGAUUGUAAGGACAGUAGGCUAUUAUUAUCCUAUCAAACUCCUCCACUUCCCGUUGAUAUCAAAGCGUAAAGUGAAAAUGUAAAUGUACAACUAUUAUACUUGAUGCCAAAUGUUGAAAGUUGCUUGCCGCAAGUAAAUCAAAGCAUCGCGCCUUGGUGUGUCUUGUGGAAAUAACUGCGUUGGAAUGGCAUGUGGGGCGCAGAAGAAAUUUUAAGGAAGCCGUUUCCGAAGAACAUUAGCCAUGACAGCCGACAACUGAAGAAAGUUGGAGACAGUAACAUGAUUCCAGAAUCAUGACGGAGAAACCGCCAUUAGCAGAAAAGGCUAUGUCGGAGGGGUAUGCGCGUCUCCGUUAUCGCGACACAUCGUUGCUUAUUUGGCAACAGCAGCAACUGGAACUGGAACGGGCGCCCCCGAUAAAUUACCUUAGCCGGAGUCAGACUACUAGAUACAGCCAGUACGGAAACGAGACCGUAGUAGUACGGGACAAAACUAAGAUCGGGAUCUCUCCUGAUGCCGGACGGUCUAGGAUUUGCACAGUUAUGUAACAAGUUUACUAAGUCACAAAUUAACUGCAUGCUGUAACUACAAUACCAUGUAGUUUGCACAUUGUUUCUGUAUGUUUGGCCGUUUGUUAGGAGGUCAGUGCCUCCUGGUAAAUUCUCAGAGGUCAUUGGUAUAUGUUAAGUAUAAAAACUGCAUGCACUGCAGUAUUCCCAGAAUGGCUAACCGCACAAAGCUAUUAUGUCUUGCAGGUUUACCACGUGCUUUUCAGUACAGUACAGUGACACGAUUCCGUGUAUGUGUUAUAUGCAUUUUCAGUUGUCUAUGUAGUUUUUUUUAUCUGUAUGGUACAAAAAUAGAUAAACACCGUCAGUGUUGCUAUUACGUGCAUUACAGUUUCUGUCUGCCGUGGUCUGAUAUUUCUGUGCGUAUAAAGUACACGGUUGACUAUUAAAGUAGGUUUUUUGAAUGUUUAUAUUUUUUUACACAACUUUGUUAAUAUAUUUUACUUAAUUCACUUCUUGUUUUGUUUUGUACAUAAUGGUGAAUUAUGCACAAUAUCAAAAGGGCCCUGAUCCAAUUCAAUUAUAAGGAGUUGAUUUUAUCAGGAAGCAGAAAUGCUAAAUAACUCUGCAUGGUUUAAAACAAAAACACAGCUUUUCAAGAGAAGAGGGUUGAAUCUCUCAGAUGAGGUAUCUUUGUACAUUUUUAUUAUGAACUAAAUAAUUAAGACUGCUCCGCAGUUAUUAUAGUCUUGAUGUUGACACAACAGUAUUGAGACCAUAUUGCUACAGCACAUUGCAUUGUACUCAGUUGUGCUACAGCACAUUUAGCAGAUGCUUUUAUCUGCAGCAACUUAGAAUAGUGGAAGAAUAAGUGUUAGUCUCAGAAAUAAAAAGUAUGGUAGCACCAAGAAGGCACAGAGGUCCAUUUAUAAUCAAUACGUGUAAAGGUAGCUGAACAAUCCAACAAUUAGUAUUGUAAACAAAAUAAGCACCAUUACUCAGCUAACCUGAUUUAUUGCUAUAUAAUUACUGUUCAAAAAGGAAAUUAGAAAAGAAAGAAAGGAUUGCGAAAGAGGGUCAGGGGAGCCAUGGUACAUUCUGAAGAGAUGGGUCUGCAGUACCAUGCAUACUCUAUGUUUAAAAGAACUGGAGCUAGAGCUAAGUAGGCCUAGGCAGGAAUACCAGAAUCAGUUGCUCCAACUCCCAGCUUUUGAACUUGAGUCUGGAAUCACGUGCUGUCAACACGUUGUUUGCGUAUUCUCAACAUGUUGACGUGUUGUUAGCGUGUAAAAAAAUCUACUUGUUAACCACACAUUAUAAAAGUGUUGAGACUAUGCAGACAACACAUUUACAAGAGUCCACACGUCAAUUGAACGUAUUUUUGAUCCAUUUAGGCUUCCAUACUGGGAAAGGAAGCGAGGACAGAUAAAAUAAGAGAUUGGAAUGAGUCCAGGGCUUCAUUUUUGCAGCUCACUUCCUGAUCUUGUUGAGAGACUUGCACUAGCACCAGUGCGGUUGGCUCCAGUGUAGGUGUUUCAGCCACCAGUUUCAGUGUAUGUCAAUGGUAACAAUACGAUCAAAUAAGUCAAUAUUUUUUUCCCAUAAUAAAAUGUAGUUACAAUUGGUUUUUUUUCUUUGUCUAAUGUCUCUCCAUGUGCCGAUUUGUGAAGUUAUUGUGUUAGUUGGACAAUAUUUACAAAAUUUUGUGGACGAAUCAGGGACGAUUUGUGCCACUGCUGAGUCACUGUAUCUCACCCAUUUAGUGGACAACCCAGACUUCAUGCUUAUAUAAGGGUUGCCCUUUCCCUACUGCGCAGUCUGAAUCUUUGACAAUUUGUACAACAUGGUGAUUGAUUUUUGCCUUAGCCAUUCUGGUGUGUCUGCCCAGUGGAUUUAGUGUGUUUGACUCUCAUUUGCCCCUCUACUCGCUGUAUAGUGACUCCGGUUAACUAUGAGUGUUCGCAACUGGAUUACAGAUCCUUCUAUUUUGUUAUAUUGCUUUGUUAUUUUCCAUUAUUAUUUUUGAAGCUGACUGAGUGGAAUUUAAAAACUCUGUUGGGAGUACACUAUUCUGACUCUUGGUCUCAUCCUGCAGAUUAAGUGUCUCGAAGCUCAGCGUUUAAAGCCACCCCAUACCCAGCAAGCCUUCAAAGACUAGCCAGGCUAGUUAGUUUUGGAUAGGAGUUACUUGUCGGUUUGCAGUAUCAUUUCCUCACUCAUUUCCCUUAUCCUUUUACUUGUUACGGUCUGACCUAGACCUGGUCAUAACAAGUCUGAGUUUGAAAUGGGUAGGAUCUCUGUACUCCAGUACAUUGGGUUUGAAAUAAAACAAUGAAUGAGGUUUAAGUGCAGACUUUACAUUGAGGGUACUUACAUUUGAUCAUUGCAGAAAUUACAGCCCAUUUUAUAUAUAGUCCCCCCAUUGGAGCAAUAGUAAUGGGGCAAUUGGCUGCUCAGCUGUUUCUUAGCCAGCUGAGUGUCUUUGCAUCAUUAGUUCAUGCACAAGAAAGCUAAGGAAAAGUCUAGACUAGAGUUCAUUCUAGAUGCAGAAUUUGCAUUUAGAGUCUUUUGCUGUUGUCUCUCAAAUGGCGACAGGUAGCAGAGGUGUAGUCACAGCUCUCCAAGUGUAUGUGUGACUGGCAUCUCUCUUAAAAUCAGUUUACUUUUGCCCACUGCGUCCUGAUUUAUACAGAAGUGCUAAAUUGAGUUACGCGACUGAUUCAUUAAGCCAACAAGUAAACUACGCCAACAAACAUUUCGGAUACGGGAAAUACGCCAUUCUUGUAUCCUUCAUAUACGUGUUUAUCCGGUCGGGGAAACAAACAUUCUAGAACUGGAAACUCCAACAAGUGAUGCGCUGAUCAGCGUAAUCUGCCAACUACUAUCUGGAGAGAUACAUCCAUGUCCCGGUCCGGUUUACACCGAUUGCAAGGAACAGUGUCACUCCAUGUCAACGGUAGAAGUUGGAACUUCUACUCGUGGGAUUACAGCCAGGAGCAACACCAUUCUCCCUCAGGUACGAACUUUCUUCAGUGUCUUUUUAACAUCUGACCAUGAGCAAACUAACCUGAUCAGUUGUCCCUGCCGUCCGAGUGCUGUGGAGAAUCCGGAGGUUAUCCAACAUGAUGAACCUUGGGCCCAAUACCUGAGCUGACGGCGAACGGAGACAAGGAGCGACCGCAGGCAGCUGUGUUGCGGUGUGCUACGCCAGUGAGUUGCCUGGAUGACGGUCUGCUACUGAUGAACGCCGCAAAGACGCCAGAAAACGACCACCAUCCACAGCAAGUAACAAUGAUUACAGAACUUUCUCAAGAUCAGUACAUAAUGACGAUACUCUGAACUUUGUUUCAAAUGUCUGUAAUCCAACCAACAUUAAAACGCGUGUAGCUGAAAGAAACAAAUCAAUCAGGAAAUUGAUAAAUCCAGCAAUCGUGAAAAACAGGAAAUGUUUUUCAAACGGUUAACAACUCAAGGAUAAUUUGGGACCCCAAGGCAAAACCAAGGGGUUUAUUGGGUGCGCACUUGAACAUACGGAGUAUCAAAUCUACAAGUGAUCAAAUUCAACAUCUUUUAAUUGAGUCUAAUUUAAAUUUUCUCUGUUUAUCUGAAACAUGGCUUCACGAACAUGCACCAUCAGCAGCCUUAAGACUGAUUUAUACUUCUGCGUUGGGUACAGCGUAGACGCGUUCCCUACGCUGUAGCCAGACGUGCACCUCCCCAGAAAUGUAACCAUGUCGUGGCGACGCAGACUGCAAUAACUGUGAUUGGUCCGCUUGAUAGCAUCCCAUUUCCUCCUACGCAUUUCCAACUAGCGUUUUGGCGGUGUAUUGCAGACCGACGCAGACAGACCAGCACACUAGUAUAAAUGCUCACAACUAUGGAAGGCCAUUAGAGCAAAUAACGAGACGUUAAUGUCGUGUUAACUGGACAUUAAAAUGCGGGUUAACGUAAUAUUUUUACGCGUUACAAAAACUGACAUGUUGACACCUCAGAUCGAUUUUCUACACCUUAAGAGGUCUCACAGCCAACGGGUUGUUCCAUUCUUGUGUAAUAAGGGUGUUAGAGUGUGGAUCAGAACGGUUAACUAUAUCAUUACAUUACAUUACAUUAUCCUAUUAAUUCCUUUGCUGAUGCAACAAUAGAGGCUACACAAUCAAUGCAACCAGACAAAUACAAUAUUACAAGUUUUUACGAUGUGCCACUGAAAAUCCCAAAAACGCUGAUUCAGUGAAGUAACGCUGAAGGUGGCGACAUGUGAGCUAAUUUCAUUCAUAUCAGCCACAAUGUGUUAGUUUAAGUUCAGAUCAAUGAUUCGCAACGAGACAAAACGGUUUUAGAAUAUUGCAGAGAACAUUUCAGCAGUGUGAACUGAUUAGUUCGUAUGAAGUCGAGCGUAUGAAGCCGUUGCCUGGGGUCUCAAAUGACCCACCUUGUCAAAUCGCCAAGUGCAGUUUUAGAACGUUUACAAUCAGACGUCUUGGAAUUUUGCAAGUUGCAUCCAGUCUCAUUGCACAUCAUUGAUCUGAACUGGCCUUUAUUAAACAGAGCUAACGUUGACGUUAUAGUCUGGCACUUUCAUUUUAAAUCUGGACAGGAACAAUCUGGACAGGAACAAUUCCAAAAGACCAGCGAUGUAAAAAUAUCAAUUUCAACAUGAAAAUGGCAACAAAAUAAUUGCCACACAUUGAAACAUUAACAUACCCCGUUAGUUGGCGGAUUAUUCUGUUGGCAUCUUAACGUUGAAAUUGACAUUUUACAUUACUGGUCUUUCAUUCCAAACGGAAGCAGUUGUUGAUCACUUGCGUCCCCUACCGGCCGGUUAGGUGGAGUGAGGAGUUUGCACUCAAUGUAUUUCAAUGGACAAUGAUGAAAAUUAAUUCAAAUAAAAUACUUGUCAUUGACCGUUUUGCAAAAAAUUCAAGAAUUCUGUCCUUGGCCUGCUGUCAGCAUGCACAACAAGUAUUUGGCUGAUUGGCCCAGUAGUAUGCGAGAUUAGCUGCGGACAGAUACACACACUGUCAGGAAACGGGAAACCAGGACCCAAAUGCAGAGUGUGGGAAAAACUCAAAAAACUUCAAAGGGGCGAAUCCAAAGAAAGACUUUAAUCAUCAAAGGUAACGAAAAGCAAAAGUCCAAAGCAAGGCCACGCAGAGCCAGUCUUAAAAAUACAAAAAACUUAAGAACAGAAAACAAGAAAAUCCAAAAUUCCAAAAUUACGUGGAAAACAAGACUUGGGCAGGGCAGAAACCAGGAAAGCCAAAGGGCAGGCGGGACAAACAGGCAGGAAUGCGUGGGCAGAAACACAGUGACAGAAUAUGCACGGAAACACAGAGUCAUAAACAAACGCAGCAACACAUACGGAAACACAAGGAACCAGCACCCGAGUUAGGGAAGCAAAGAACUUAAAUAGACAGAGAACUAAACAGACAUAGCUGAGAACAAUUCACAAUAACACCAGACAGGAAGGGGACAACGAGAAGCAAACAGAAAACAAUGAUCCAAUUAAACAUAAGAAAAAUGAACAGGCCCAAAAAGGAAAAAACAGAAAACAGAGGAACAGAAUCCUGACAGUACCCCAAGGGACGUCAGGAGGCUGACCCUGGGAGGGGGUCACAAACAGAACGGGACUGAAACGAGACAGGACUCGGGACUGGAACGAGACAGGACUCGGGACUCAGGACUCGAGCAGACAGACAGAAGACUCGGGGCUGGAGCAAGACAGGACUGGACUUGGGGCUGGAGCAAGACAGGACUGGACUCGGGGCUGGAGCAAGACAGGACUGGAGUCGGGACUGGAGCAAGACAGGACUGGAGUUGGGACUGGAGCAAGACAGGACUGGACGGAACCCGGAUGGGACCGGGCACAGGAACAGAACCUGGACGGAAGCCGGGCAGCAUAAACAGAACCCGGAGGGGAGCCAGGCAGCUUAAACAGAACCCGGAGGGGAGCCGGGCAGCAUAAACAGGAUCCGGAGGGGAGCCGGGCAGCAUAAACAGUACCCGGAGGGGACCGGGCAGCAUAAACAGAACCCAGAGGGGAGCUAGGCACAGGAAAUAGGGUGAAACUGGACAGGACAAGAACGGGACUGGAUUAGGCAGGGACGGGACUGGACUAGACAGGGAUGGGACUGGGCUAAACAGGAGCAGACUGGACAAGACAGGACAGGAGCAGACGGCAGGAACAGACAAGACAGGAAAGGACUAGACUAAACAAGACAAGAAAGGACUGAACUAAACAAGACAAAUAAUGAGCUGGACACAACACAAAGCGGACUCAGACUAACAUGGAACUGAACUCAGACACGGCACAUAACUCACAGGCAGACACGGGACAGGACUCACAGGCAGGCCUAGAACGAAUUAACACAGACGUGGAACGGACUGGACAAGACAGGAGCGGAAACGGACAGGACUAGACAAGACAGAACGCUAGACUGGACUAUUCAAAACAACACUGGACUGGACUAAGACAAGACAGAACACUGGACUGGACUAGACAAGACAGAACACUAGACUGGACUAAGACAAGACACUGGCGGGCGCUCACAGACAAGGAACAUUCAGACGGACAUUGGGACUGAAUCAGACAUGGAACGGAUUGACGCAGGCACGAAACAGACCGACAGACAGGGAACGGAUUAACACAGACAGGGAAUAGGCUAAGACACUAAUAGGGAACAGACUGACACAGGCACAGGAACAACACAGGGAGACCUAAAAAGACAGACAAAGGGACAAGCAGGUGGGGAGGCACACGGCAAGACCUACAGACACACUAAGGGACAGACAGACAGGGAAGGAGAGAGGUGAAUUCAAAGAUUGACAUACAGACUGAGAGACGGGCAGACAGGACAAAAAACAAGCACACUGACAGGCAGACAGGCGGGAGAACAGACUGGCCAACGGGCCGACGGCCUGGGGGGCAGAUAAACAGGCCAACAAACUGGCUGACAGACACGUGGGCAGACAGGCAGACAAGCAGGCAGGCAAACAAACAGACAAGGGGGCAGGUGUACAGACGGACGCACGGUUGGGAGAAUGGACUAGGUGAGGUCUCUGGGCACUGGGUGGGGGCAGCGACGGUGUGAGAACACUAGGGGGCGCGAGAACACUGGGGGGGCGCAUAAACACUGGGGGGGCACAUGAACACUAGGGGGAGCGAGAACACUAAGGGGAGCGAGAGCACUACGGGGAGUGAGGAUACUAGGGGGAGCGAGGACACUAGGCAAAGCGUGAACACUAGGCCAAGCGUGAACUCUAGGCAAAGCAUGAACACUAGGCAGGACAGGUGGCCCCGGCAGAAACUUACCUGGGGAUGCUCCUUCUGGGGAAGCCGGUCCCAUGCUCCUGCUGGUCUGCCGACUCCACGAUUCAUAGAGUUCUCCGCUGCGAUAUGAUGAUCCAUUUCCUGGCACUGUUGCUGAAGGAGCGAAUUUGUAACAUACUUUCAAACCUGUGGUGAGUGCCAGACGAGGAUCUACGGUUAUCGACUAUGUGUUCUACCUCCACGACAAAGAAUCCGGUUAUCCGGUGGCGGAAGGAGAAAUCCUGAGUGUUGACAUCAGUACGCCGACCCUGUUCCUGUACCUGGAAAUCCGCUCAGAAAUUACAUCUCUGCUACAACGUCGUCCUGCAGUCCCUACCUAUGUGCUACCAGGAACCAACAACAAAUUUUGAUUUACGUUUCCUAUGCUUGGUGGGAUGAACCUUUCCUCUGGCUCUGGCUCUAGGGUAUAGGAAUGAACUUGGUUGUUUUAUUAUGAAACCGGACUGGUAAAUUUUAGACUGUAUUGAAUGUUAAUGGGUUUGUGUUGGGGUGAUUGGUAUUUGGUUUAGAUAUCUUGUUUUUUUUUUCCAAUUUUGUUUUGAGGCUCUGCGCGCCCCUGGACACAUUUAAAUAGUCUGUCCUAUUGUCCCUUACCCUAUUCAAAUGCCUACUGUAACAGUUUUGCCGUAGCCACACUUAGCACCCAUUCAACUAAAUUUAAUGAUUAGUUGGCGCACCCUCCUGGCAAGUUCUGUAACGUCCCUUAGAGCUGACUUCAUUUAUUGCAUGAUGCACGAAGAAUUAACCCUGGCAUGUUGACCUGAAGAGUGAUUAUCGUGAUUUUCCCGUAAUUACAGUGUGAUUAUUUACUACGUGAACACAAGUGUGCCGUUGGGUGGUUUUACUCACCGAGGAUUGACUUGCUUGCUGUGUAACUCUAUGGUUACCUUGUGGAAUUCGCCAUGGGGGUUUGGUCCUGAGGGAAGAAAAAAAUCUAGUGUUAUGUAUUGAACGGUGCUGGUGUAAAGAGUAAUUAGCCAGAAGGAACACAAACUUAUUUUAUCAACUCUUUAAAUUGUGACCGGUUAAAUCUCUGGUGUUUGUAAUUUGGGAUAUGCAAAUGUUGGUUACUUGUUGGUUGCACCUACUAGGCUGGCUACUGACACUGUUGUGCUAUUGAAUGUCUGUGCUUGUGAAUUAUUUUAUCGUUGAUGCAUUGAUUGUCUUUGCUCGGAACCUUAAUAAUACCUGUAAUAAAUGAACCUGUAAUAAAGUUUGUAUGAGAACUUUC